AGUCAGUCUCAAGCUAUCUUCGGCGCUGAGCAGACGGACUCAUAACCUUAUCACCACUGCACCAUGGACCGCUGGCAGGGAAAGAUCGCCGUCGUAACCGGUGCCAGCUCGGGAAUCGGAGCGGCCACCGCCAAGGCUCUGGCCAACGCCGGAAUGGUAGUAAUUGGGCUGGCACGGCGCAUUGAACGCGUCGAAGCGCUGAAGGCAGACUUGGAGGGUUCGGCCAAGGAUCGACUGCACGCGGCCAAGUGCGAUGUGUCCAAGGAGGAGGAAAUCUUGCAAACGUUCCGCUGGAUCGAGGAACAGUUCGGAGGUGUGGACGUUCUGGUCAACAAUGCCGCGACCUUCAUCAAGACUAAGCUCGUGGAUACGGACAAUUCCGAGAAGUUGCGGGAGAUCAUGAACACCAACGUGAUGGGACUGGUGUUCUGCACCCGGGAGGCGUUCCAAUCGAUGAAGAAACGAUCGGUGGAUGGUCACAUUGUACACAUUAAUAGCAUCGCAGGCCAUAGUACAGCCCUGCCGAACAUGAACAUGUACUGUGCGUCCAAGUACGCUGUUACGGCGCUCACCGAAACCAUGCGGCAGGAGUUCAAACAGGAGGGCACCAAGAUCAAAAUAACGAGCAUCAGCCCCGGUGCCGUCAACACGGAAAUGAUUUCGCAAGCGUUGCGAGACUCGGGCGCACCAUUGCUCGAACCGGAGGACAUUGCCGGGGCCGUGCUGUACGCGGUCGGAACGCCACCCCGGGUUCAGGUGCACGAGCUGACCAUUAAGCCUGUUGGCGAGGGACGAUGAUGUGCAGAAAAUUGGACGAAUCAUUCCAGAUUGAUAAGAUAACGAUGUAGCGCAUGCAGGCAUUGUUCUGCAAAACAAAUUAUGUCAACUUCAGUGAUCAACGAUCGUUGACAUUUCCUAUCCAAAGAGAAACAAAUAAACAUUGAUUCCCCCA